AUGUGGAUCCGGGCGUGUGUAUACGAGUCUCCGUUCUCGAUUCUCCUCCGCAAACAACCGCCAGCUCGCUUUUCCGAAAUGGCCGACACGGACAAGAUGGCGUUUCUCCUCUUUGGAGACCAGUCUCUGGAUACCCAUGGAUUCCUCGCAGAAUUCUGCCGGCAGGGUAAUCCAAGCAUUCUGGCCAAGGCGUUCAUGGAGAGAGCUUCCCAUGCUCUACGAGACGAAGUUGAUCGCUUGAGCAAGCUGGAGCGUGCCAAUAUCCCCUCUUUCAAGACACUCUACCAACUCAACGAGAAGUACUACACACAAGAGCGAAAGCAUCCCGGCAUCGACAGUGCCCUGCUCUGCAUCGCGCAACUGGCUCAUUACAUUGACCGAGUUGAGAAGACACCCGAACAAUGGACUCGUCACGACCAGACCUUCUUUGUUGGUUUCUGCACCGGUCUUUUUGCCGCCUCCGCUAUCGCUUCAACACCCACCGUCUCUACCUUGAUACCCCUUGCUAUUCAAACUGUAUUGCUAGCAUUCCGCACCGGGUCCUAUGCUGGCGCAUUGGCCGAGAGGCUUUCCCCGCUUGCCUCGGGCACGGAGCCGUGGACCAUGAUUUUCCCCGGUGUCGGUGAAGAGGAAGCUACCAAGGCGCUCUUGGAUCUCUCCAAGUCCAAGCCGCGCAUACGUCAGCGCCGUAGCCCCUCGAGCAUCGCCAUAUCCGGCCCGCCCACCACGCUUCGGACUGUCGUAGAGCAGCGCCUCUUCGGGUCUAAUCCUCUCACCAUUCCGGUGUACGCGCCCUAUCACGCUCCACAUCUCCAUGCUAGCGUGGAUAUCGAAGAGCUGCUUCAGCUCGAUUCGCCCGAAAUGCGGGCCGUUAUGGAAGACGCGAAGCCCCGAUCGCCCCUCAUGUCCUCCAACGGCACUUGGUUCAAGGAGGAAACGACGAGGGAUCUUCUCAAGGCCGUAGUGUGGGAGUGCCUUAACGAGCCCCUACGCUUCAGCCAGGCAUUCGAGAGCUGCGCGCAAGCUGCCAAGUCGUUUCGAGGACGCCACUGCCUCAUUAUCCCACACGGGCCAACUCAGGCCGCCGAGACCCUCGCCAAGGUUGUCGAGGCCGAGACUACGCUCGUGGUGGACGUCGUGAAGGGUUUAAAGAUUCACAAGGAGAGCAUCGGCUCCUCCAUCGGCAACCACGGCCCCCAGCUUGGGCGGUGCCGUCUCGCAAUCGUCGGUAUGGCUGGGAGGUUCCCUGAUGCGGCUAGCCACGAAAAGCUUUGGGAGCUUCUGGCAAAGGGACUCGAUGUCCAUAGGGUCGUGCCCAAGGAUCGCUUCCCUGUCGAGACCCACGUCGACCCCACUGGCAAGGCCGUCAACACUAGCCACACGCCUUACGGAUGUUGGAUUGAGGAACCCGGUCUCUUCGAUCCCCGUUUCUUUAACAUGUCCCCGCGUGAGGCUUUCCAAACCGACCCAAUGCAGCGGAUGGCCAUGACAACUGCAUAUGAGGCGCUUGAGAUGUCUGGAUACGUGCCCAAUAGGACGCCAUCUACGCAGCUUGACAGAAUCGGCACCUUCUACGGCCAAACCUCCGAUGACUGGCGAGAAAUCAAUGCCGCGCAGGAGGGUCCUUGCGCGACCUUUGACAAUGGCGCUGAUGGAUACUGCCGCGCCGACGCGUGCGCUUCCGUAAUCGUCAAGCGUCUCGACGACGCGCUUGCUGAAAAGGAUAACGUUUUGGCCGUUAUUCUUGGCACUUCCACCAACCACUCGGCCGAUGCCAUUUCCAUCACCCAUCCUCACGGACCAACUCAAUCCGUGCUCUCGAGGGCUAUCCUCGACGAGGCUGGUGUCGAUCCUCUCGAUGUUGACUAUGUCGAGAUGCAUGGUACCGGCACGCAGGCUGGCGAUGGUACAGAGAUGGUUAGUGUCACCAACGUCUUCGCUCCCGCCAAGAGAAAGCGGCCGGCCGACCGCCCGCUUUAUCUCGGCGCAGUCAAAAAUCUAUCCGAGAGGAAUGUCAACAUUGCUUUUCACAUGACUCCGUUUGUGAGGAACGACGGAAAGCCGAGGAAGAUCUUUGUGAACAAUUUCAGUGCCGCGGGCGGUAACACUGGUCUUCUCCUUGAGGAAGCUCCUAAAUACGAGCCGGCCCUCGAGGAUCCACGCUCGACACAUAUCAUUACGGUGACUGGGAAAUCCAAGUCUGCCAUGAUCCGCAAUGCUGAAGGCCUCGUCGCGUGGAUGGAUAAGAACCCUAGCACACCCGUCUCGCACGUGGCAUACAGCACAACCGCACGCCGUAUCCAGCAUUACUGGCGUAUGAACGUGGCGGCAUCCGACCUCUCCGAAGCUCAGGUCCUGAUCAAGGACAGACUCAAGGAAAACUUUGUUCCCAUCUCUACAGAACAACCAAAGCGUGUUCAGGAGGCUAUCAAUGAGUUCAACAAGCUCGCCCUCCUCCACCAACUCCCGUCUUUCCUUCCGCUCAUCGACGGCAGUGAGCCUGAUGUUCAGAAGCUUUCUCCAGUCGUGGUUCAGCUCGGUCUCUGCUGUUUCGAGAUGGCCCUUGCCCGGCUCUGGGAGUCUUGGGGCGUCCGGCCCGGUGCCGUUCUCGGUCACUCCCUUGGAGAGUAUGCCGCCCUCAAUGUCGCGGGCGUUUUGUCCGCCAGCGAUACAAUUUACCUAGUCGGUAGCAGGGCCCAGCUCCUCAUUGAAAAGUGCACGGCGGGAACGCACGCCAUGUUGGCUGUCCAAGGUCCUGUUUCGGCUGAGACGGUCCUGAGCGGCACCGCCGAAGAGAUUGUUGAAAUCUCCGAGCUUCUUAGCACCGCGGGCUAUAAGUGCACGCAGCUCAAGGUUCCAUUUGCCUUCCACUCCGCCCAGGUUGAGCCUAUCUUGGAUGACUUCGAGUACCUGUCUCAGUCCGUCGUUUUCCAGCGUCCCAAGGUAGCCGUCGUCUCUCCUCUCCUCGGAAAGCUUGUGGAGCAGGAGUCAAUCAAUCCCGCCUACCUACGCAAUCAUGCUCGGGAUGCCGUCGACUUCCUUGGCGCUCUUGUGUCUGCUCAGGAGGCUGGCGUCAUUGAUGAGAAGACGGUUUGGCUCGAGGUCGGACCCCACCCGGUAUGUUCGAACAUGAUCAAAGCCGCCUUUGGUGCUUCCACCAUUGCCGUGCCUACGCUCCGCCGCAAUGAAGCCACCUACAAGAUCCUUCACGCAAGCCUUUGCACUCUUCAUAGCGCCGGCCUGAACAUCGACUGGACCGAAUACCACAAAGACUUCGAGGCUUCAGUCCGCCUUCUUGAUCUCCCUACCUACUCUUUCGACUACAAGAACUACUGGAUUCAGUACACCGGAGACUGGUGUCUGACCAAGAAUAGGGUUGGCACCAAGCCCGCGGCACUCAUGGAGGCUCCUAAGCCCAAAAUUUCCACAUCCGCCGUGCACAAGGUCACGAAAGAAGAGGUAAAGGGAGACACGUGCAUAAUUGAGACGGAGACCAACCUUUCCAGAGAAGACAUCAGGGGCGCCGUGUCAGGCCAUGUGGUCAAUGGUGCUCCACUCUUCCCCUCCACCAUCUAUGCAGAGAUGGGCAUGACUAUCUGCGACUAUGCCUACAAACUAGUGCGCCCGGAGGCUAAGAACAUUGGUGUCAACAUCUACGAUGUUGAAGUGCCCAAGACCCUCAUUUUCAACGAAUCCCUGGACGCCCAUAUCCUCCGAUGCACGGCCACAUGUUAUCCUGCCAAGGGCACGGCUGAGCUUGUCUUCCACACUGUGGAGAACGGCAAGAAGGUUGACCACUGCUUCUGCAAAGUAACUUACGAGGAUCCCGAGGAGUGGCUCACAGAGUUCGAUCGCGUCAACUACUUGAUCAAGUCUCGUGUCGACCACCUCCUUGAGGCAGAAAAGGUCGGCAAGGCAUCCAAGAUUGGGAGGGGCUUGGCAUACAAGCUCUUCUCAGCUCUUGUCGACUACGAUGCUCCAUACCGUGGUAUGGAGGAGGUUGUUCUUGACAGUGAUACCUGCGAGGCCACAGCAAAGAUCGUUUUCCCUAAGCCAGAGAAGCCCGGAAACUGGUUCUUUAACCCUUACUGGCUGGAUAGCUGCUGCCACAUCUCCGGUUUCAUCGUCAAUGGUACCGAUGCCGUUGACUCGAGGGAGCAGGUCUUCAUUUCCCACGGUUGGGGAUACUUGAAGCUAGCAGAGAAGCUCAAUGAGAACAAGACAUACAGGUCGUACAUCAGGAUGCAGCCUAUCAGGGGCACCAAGAUGAUGUCAGGCGAUGCCUACAUCUUUGAUGGGGACCGUAUCGUCGGUGUUGUUGGCCAGAUCAAGUUCCAGUCCAUUCCUCGCAAGGUCCUUAACAUGGUCCUCCCCCGCGGCAAGGCCCUCGCCGGCAUGGCGGCUCCAGCUCCGGCUGGUAACAAGGCGCCGGUUGCUGCCUCAAAGCGCCCCGCGGCCAAGGAGAAGACGAAGCAGGUGACCCCUGCAACCAUUGGCGCGGUCAACGCGAAGCUUAGGGGCUCCGUCGUGGCUGCUGUUCUGGAUAUCCUCGCCAAGGAGGUGGGUGUCUCGGAGGACGAGUUGGCGGACAACAUUGCGUUUACCGAUCUCGGCGUCGAUUCGCUCAUGUCGCUUACCGUGAGCGGGCGGAUAAAGGAAGACCUCGAUCUUGACAUUGACAAUCACGUCUUCGUUGACCACGCAACCAUUGGCGCCUUCAAGAAGUACCUGGCCAAGUUUGAGACGCCUGAACGGAAGGAAAGCGUCAGCAGCUCGGGUGAGUCAAAUUCGACAGGCUCGGAUUCCGACACUCCUGAGAUCGGAUCAGACUCCGACAUCACCACUCCCCUCGAGGGAAGUGAGGAUGGUUCGGUUAAGGGAGGCGAGUCCUCUUCGAGUGACCUUCAGGACAUCGUCCGGGGCACCAUCUCCGAGGAAAUGGGCGUCGAAGUAGACGAAAUCAUUGCCGCUCCAGAUCUAGUAGCUCUCGGCAUGGAUUCGCUCAUGAGCCUGUCCAUCCUCGGCACUCUUCGCGAGAAGACGGGUCUCGACAUCCCCUCUGACUUGUUGACGGCCAAUACCUCCCUCGUCGCGCCCGCAAAGUUGGCCUGCCCAACUGCCGCCGCCGCCGCCGCCGCCGCCCCUCGUCCCUCGCGGAUCAUCAACACACAUCCGGGAAACACCACUGCCACCAUCGUCAAGCCUCCCCGGCCGACGUCCUUUCCCGAUACGCAUCCCCACCGCAAGGCCACCAGCGUUCUCCUGCAAGGGAGCGUGCGCACCUCGACCAAAAACCUCUUCAUGAUCCCCGACGGCAGUGGCUGCGCCACCAGCUACACCGAGAUCAGCGCCAUCUCCCCUGACUGGGCGGUAUGGGGCAUGUUCUCCCCAUUUAUGAAGACGCCCGAGGAGUUCAACUGCGGCGUCUACGGCAUGGCCCAAAAGUUUAUCACCGAAGUCAAGCGCAGGCAGCCGACUGGGCCUUACUCCUUUGCAGGCUGGUCAGCGGGCGGCGUCAUAGCCUUCGAGAUGGUUAACCAACUCGUCAAGGCCGGCGAUGUUGUGGAUAAUCUCAUCAUCAUCGAUGCGCCCUGUCCCGUAACUAUCGAGCCCCUUCCUCGCAGCCUUCAUUCCUGGUUCGCGACAAUUGGCCUGCUCGGUGAUGGCGAUAGCUCCAAGAUCCCGCACUGGCUUCUCCCUCACUUCGCUGCCAGCGUCACCGCCCUCAGCAACUACACCGCAGAGGCCAUCCCAGAUGACAAGUGCCCCAGGGUAACCGCCAUCUGGUGCGAGGACGGCGUGUGCAAGUUGCCUACCGACCCCCGUCCGGACCCCUAUCCCACAGGCCAUGCCUUGUUCCUGCUGGACAAUCGUACCGAUUUCGGUCCGAACAGAUGGGACGAGUAUCUCGAUUACAACAAGAUCCAGACAGCUCACAUGCCUGGCAACCAUUUCUCUAUGAUGCAUGGUGACCUCGCAAAGAGACUUGGCGAUAUCAUAAGGCAGGCUGUCACUGACGCCUAA